AUGCUUGCUGACUUCCUAAUACUGAUCCCGGGAUCCCCUGGUGGUCUCCCAUCCAGCUUGUCUCCGGAUCAGCUGCUACCUGCGGCCCCUGGGGAUCACUGCGAGCAUGAAAUCGCCCUGCCCGGAGGAAACGACCUGAGCCAGCGCCGCGCCCUGCUCAUCCUGCCGCCGCCGGGCCGCCGCCUGCCUGAAGCCGCCCUGGAGCACGACCUGCCCGCGGAGGUGGAGGCCGGCCUGGCCUUCCAGCUGCUGGACCCGUCUGGUACCCUCUGGAGCAGCAGAGAGCCCAGGGCCCACCCCCUCUGGCGGGGGGCUGAUCUCCCAGACUCAGAGGCUGAGGCCCACGUCUCCUGUGAGAUCAACCCAUACCCCCCCCAGGAGGCCCACGUGCCCUGGGCUGUGGGGCUGGUGAGCCAGAAGGACUGCCCCCGCUCCCUGGAAGGCCGGUGGGUCAUCACCACCAUCCAGAAUCCGGAGGUGGACUUUGGGGUCAGCAGCAUCCUCCACGGGGAGGCACCGUUGUCUGGAAAACAAGAGACUAGCAGCGUCAGUACAGCAACAGCCGUCCUCUCCGUCUUCACCCGGACACCCCACCUGCAGUCCCGCCUAGGGCAGGACGUGCUGCUCGACUGCAGCUUUUCGGCUCCAGCUGUGGCCUUCUCAGUCGAGUGGCGCCACCAGUACAGCGGGGCAGGCCGGGUGAUCCUGGCCUACGACGGAGCUGCCCAACGCAUGUCGGUGUCUGAGGAGGGGGCCCGGCUCUUUCUGGAUCCCGUGAGUAGCAACAUCUCGCUGCAGCUGCAGGCGGUCCAGGUGCACCACGAGGGGAUCUACAUCUGCUCCAUCUACCUGCCCCACCUUCAUGCCCAGCAGGCUGUGGAGCUGAAGAUCGUGGAGCCACCCAAGGCCACCCUCCGCCCAGUCCCGUUCUCAGUGCCCCCUGGCACCCACGCAGAGCUGGUCUGUGAGAUCACUGGUUAUUACCCCCAGAGCGUCUCCGUGGUCUGGAAGCGGCGCAGCCCUGGCAUGGCCCACGAGGUCCUCCUGGACACUUGGGAAUCAGGGCACCGGCAGUCCCCUGAUGGCACCUACAGCUUCACCAGCUUUGCCCGCCUGCCAGCUGUCCAGCCAGGAGACCAGGGGUCCUCAUACAGCUGCCACAUGACUCAUGUGGGGCUGGGGGAGGCAGGGCUCCAGAAGGCUGUGAAGCUGCACGUGGCAGGAUCCUCAGGCCCCUCUGUGGAGGACGUCAUUGGCCUCUUCCUGAUAGCUUUUGCACUCCUGGGCUUCCUACAGGCGAUUUCCAGGCGAGAAAGUGGAGUGAGCCGGUCAGUGGACAGCGUCCUCCUGGGUCGUGCAGCCCCCUUUGGAUCCUCAAGAAAGGGGCGCAGAGGAAACCUGAAGGAGGCAUCAGGAGUCCUUUGGGGGAUCUUCAUUGGCAAUUUGGGGAGGGGGGUGCUAAAAUCACUUGGGAUGCUUGUGUGCCCUUCCCAGAUAAAGCAAGCAGGAAACCCACUCCCCUUCCCGCCUCACCCCUUUGGCGAGAUGGGGAGGUCUGCCCGCCUGCCCCCAGGGCCCUUUGGAUGGGUAGGGAGGGGCCUGCCCUCACUUUUUCCCCGUGGGCUGCUUUCACAGCAGGCCCAUGUUUUCCCCUUUGGCAGUUGUGCAAGCUCUCCCAAAAUAUUGGCCCUUGUUGCUCUUAAAGUAAUGGAACCAGCCUGGUCUGCUCUGGGCACACAGACAUGAGGCGUUUGAAGAGCCAGCAGAGGGCCUGGCACCAGAUUUUCUGUCUUGUAAUCUGGCCAUGGAUAUUUAAGCAACUUUGGUUUUCAAGUCCUGAAUUGGGCUCCCUUUGUUGUGGCAUGGGUGGGGGGGUGGCUUUCCUGCCUGCCCCCGCCCCCCCAGCUGCGGGACAGAAAAGAGGCCGUCGGCCAGGAGGUGGCACGGCUGAAGCACCCGGCUCCCUGGCCUGGGGGCACUGCGCUUUGCUUGUUGGAGCCAGGAAGUGGCUCUGGAAACAGGCAAGGACCCAAGCCUGGUCCUGUCCUGCCACGAGUGGAAACUCUGCCCAGGGGAACACCGGGCCUGCAAAAGCCCCUGUGCAGCCAGGUGGACGGAGCGUAUCGCCCCUCACGAGAUCAAGGCCAUCUAUGGGGUCUGCUGCGGACUCUCCCUCUGGCACCGCCACAGAGAAGCCUGCCUCCCGAGGCAGCAGCUACCGUCCCCUGGCUGUCUGGCACUGCUCCCCCCCAGGCCUGUUGGGGUUUCCCUGCUGCAGAUCGUAAGCUGCACGUCGAUUGCCAACUGCCUGCCUUGCUCUGUGCAGCAGCCCAUAAAGAUUUCCGUUGAAAUGUACGGUUUGAAGGGAGGUCUUUGGGGUGCGGGAGGAGAAAUUAUGUGUGGCUUGCAGAACGAGGGAGAUCCGGAUGACUCUACUGCUGACCCACUCCCAGACUGAAGGUGGUGGUUCAGUCCUGGCAGCCCACCUGUUGGCAAGUGCAUCUGGAGCUUUUCCCAGCUUGGUGAUGAACAGGGCCACCUGCCAGUGCCAGGGGGGAUCAAACCCUGCCCACGCGGGAGCAGAGGAGCAAAGCUUUUCUUCUCCAGGACGCCAUUGGGGCGACAGACCCAGCAGGUUUUCUGCAGGCAGCUGAGUGCUUGCCCUGUGGCACAGCAGCCAGGUCGUGGCCUCUCAGACAUGGCAUGGUCCCCCCACGACCACUCCCUGCUUGCUGAUCCAGGGACGUUCCUUGAGACUCAGACCUGCCCACUCUGCUGUGGGUGCCCCCAUCUUUCCCAACAUCUUUGGGAAGCCACGGCUGGUCUGGCGUCUGGUCUUCUCAUGGGCCAAGUAGGACGUGGGUGGUCUGAACAAUCGGGAGUUAGAUGGUCCAAACAGGCUCACGCUGAAUCCUGCAAGAUGGGGUGGCUCCUUGGAAGCCCCAACUUGGCCUCUGGAUGGGGUCGUGUCCCCCCGAUGAGCCAGUCAGCCCUCUGGGAGCUUCUCUGCACUCGUAGCUGGAACAGCAGGUGGGAGCCGUGGUGGGGAGUGCCAGAUGUGACCGCUCUGGAGCCAGAUGGGCUGGCUGUAGUUGCACCCUCGUUGCCUCGGAUGUGGACUUCUGCCAGACGCACACGGGUGCCUUGGAAGACGAGUCUGAGCCCCACUUGGUGCCAAACACGGCAGCCCAGUGGCAAACCGCUGCUUCAGUCACCACUGGUUCUCUGUAGGUUCCUGGGUACAAUUCAGAGAGCUUUUGGUCCGCAACUCUGAGAGAAUCCCCCCCGCUACGUGAUCACGUUGAGGGGGACGAAGCCGAUGGAACCCCAUCGCACCUGACCUUCUGAGUCUUUGUCACUGGAGGUGCCAUUUUUAUUAGCGCAGCUUACCUAUGUUUUAUUCUUUCAGUUCUCAAAUUUUAGGAGUUUACGUAAGAUGGAGCAGUGCUGUUGUU